AUGGGAGAACAAACCGAAUUUGAGCCAAUUCAAUUGAGUCCUCUGGACCAGGCAAUCCCACCGGUGUACAUCCGGAUUCUUCUCUGCUUCUCCGUGGUAAAUGUGGAUAGAGCAAUCUCCCAGCUGCAGACUGGAGUAUCUUCCCUUCUCUCGGCGUUGCCUUUUUUGUCUGGGGAUGUCGUGCGAUACACGGCACCAGGCAAGACAAAAUGGCUCUAUCAAUUGUGUCCACCUACACACCAGGUGCAGGCGACUGGCGUACUAGUUGUUAAACACCAUCAGAUGCGUUGUAUGGUUGACGAGAAGAGAUUCGCACCCUCAUCGACAUCACAUAUCCCGCUUUCCCCAUUCGCGGAACCGGCGAGACCAGCCCCAAUUUUCCGCGUGCAAGCGAAUGCAUAUAUCGACGGGAUUACCCUCGGAUUUGCCUUUCAUCAUAUUGCUGUGGAUGCUACUGGGAUGGGGGUUAUUAUCAGUGAACUCGCACGACAUUGCCGGAGCAGUCCUCCGCCCAGUCUAUUAUGUCCAGACUACGAAAGAGCAACGCGUCAGCUCAUUAGCAACUCGCGAGCUACGGAAUGCUCGGGGCUGGAUCACAGUGGUGAUUAUAUCUCAUGUCAGGCCUUAUCUCCCCCUGCGGAGGGGUCUGAGGACGCUUCACCAUCGAUCGAGAUCUCAACUGAAACCAGAACGUUUGUGUUCCCAGCUGCUCGACUAGAAUCUCUCAAAAAUGCCUGCAUUGAGAUGCUACCAACGCUUGACCAACAGCAACGACAACAGAAUCCAUGUCUGGAUGAGCCCGCGCGCACUAAAGUCCCAUGGCUCUCAACAAACGAUGUCUUUGUCGCACUUUUAUGGGUGUGUCUAACCAGGUGCCGCUAUCAGGAGGACCAGAAUAGCGGGUUGCCGAGUGAUGAGCACACCCGUAUAUGCAUGGGCGUCAACAUGCGUAGCCGCAUUCAGCCUCCGCUUUCAGCUGAUUAUCUUGGGAAUGCGAUUCUCUCUCUCUCUUUCAAACUCAAUGUGAACGUCUUUCGUCGCACUCAGGUGACGAAUGAGAGUAUUGAAGGAGUAGACUCCAAAGACAUAGAGCAUAAACAAUGGCUGGCCACGAUCUGUCGAGUUGCUCGUAACAUCCGGAGAGGAGUGAAUGGAAUGGACGAUUCAUAUUUCCGUAGCGUUGUGAGCUUUCUCGAAGAUAGUUCGGAUUGUCGCCUCUUUGACUAUGCCAGGUGCGACUUUUGCGUGCCCAGUUGGCGCCACUUAUGUGUGUAUCAUGCCGACUUCGGGGAAAUGGGAAGACCAAAGAGCCUGGAAGUCUUUGACGUGCCUGGAGAUGGUUCCUUUUGUAUCCUGCCUCAGCACUAUGGUGCUGCUGCUCCCUGGGAGCUAUUGCUAGGCUUGCUAAAAGCCUAG